AUGCAUCAAUAUUAUAGUAUAACUGCAACUGACAAAUCAAAACGAUCCGAUGAAAAAGAUACAAUAGAACCAAUAUCUCCUGAAGCUGUUGCACCUGAAGCACAAAUUCAUUUACAUGUUGAUGAUACAACUACUUCACAUCAACAUGAUGAUAAACAAAUAGUAAAUGAAAAAAUUUCUGAAAAAAAAUCUAUAAAAGAUAAUGAAGAAGAUAUUGAUGAAUUAAAUGAAUCAUUACAAGAUUUAAUUAUUGAAUAUCGUAUAAAAGAACAAGAAAAAAAUUCUAAAAUAAAUCAAGAUAAUGAAGAAGAAAUUGAUGCUGAUGCUGAUGAUGAUAAUAAUGAUGAUGAUGUUAAUUUACAACGUAUAUUAAAACAAAUAGGUGUUAGUUUACAUAAUAAAUAUCGUCAAAAACAUAAUUCGGAUCAAUCACAAACAAAAUUAUCAAAUAUGAUACAAGAUUUAUAUCAAACAUUAAAAAAAACUCAACCACAUUUAUUUACUAAACCAUCUCGAACAGAUAGUUUAAACGAUAAACAAUCAUCUAUAGAUGAUAAAAAUUUUAAUCAAGAAUUAAAAGAAGAUGAUAAUAAUGAUGUAGAAGAAAUUAUUUCAUUAACACCAGAAAUGGAACAUGCUAAUACAAUUUAUCAUCAAGCAAUUAAAUUAAUUAAUGUUACAGUUAAUCGACAAUAUGAAGCUGCUUAUAAAUUAUUUAAAGAAGCAGCUGAUUUAGGUCAUAUUGGAGCAAAAGAAGAAUUAGCUUUUGCUCAUAUUAUUGGUGUACAUUUAUCAAUGGAUUUUUCUCAAGCAAAAAAAUAUUUUGAUGAAGGAGCUGAAAUUGGUUCAGCAAAAUCACAUUUUGGACUCUAUUUUAUGAAUAGUGUUGGACUUCUUCCAAAUGCAAGUAUUUCAAAAGCUCUUGUUCAUUUAACAUUCGCUGCUAUUGAUGGUUAUAGUCCAGCUCAAAUGGCUCUUGGUUAUCGAUAUUGGCGUACAGUUUCUCUUCCUCAUAGUUGUGAAUCAGCUUUAAUGUUUUAUAAACAAGUAGCAACAUAUGUCUCAUCAAAAAUGACAUCAGCAACAGGACAAUUAAUUCAACGUAUUCGUUUAUAUGAUGAAGAAGAACAUCCAACACAAAAUAAUAUUAUGGUUGAUGAAGAUCUUGUACAAUAUUAUCAAUUAUUAGCCGAUCGAGGCGAUGCACAAGCUCAAUAUGGUCUUGGUCAAUUAUAUUAUUUACGUGAUACAGCAUUUGAUAAAGCACUUUAUUAUUUUCGUUUAGCUGCUGAAAGUGGAAAUUCUAAUGCUAUGGCAUAUUUAGGAAAAUUAUAUUCAGAAAAAAAUGAUUAUAUUAAACAAAAUAAUAUAACUGCUUUACAAUUUUUUCAACGUUCAGCUGAAAAAGGUAAUCCAAUAGGACAAGCUGGUGUUGGUAUGGCAUUUUAUCAUGGUGCUGGUAUUGAACAAAAUUAUGAAAAAGCAUUUAAAUAUUUUCAAUUAUCAGCUGAUCAAGGUUAUGUUGAAGGACAACUUAUGCUUGGUAUAAUGUAUUAUAAAGGUGAAGGUGUUAAACGUGAUUAUAAAAUGGCUAUUAAAUGGUUUCAAGCUGCAUCACAAUCAGGUCAUGCACUUGGUUAUUAUAAUCUUGGACAAAUGCAUGCUACUGGUACAGGUGUAUUACGUUCAUGUACAACAGCAACAGAACUUUUUAAAAAUGUUGCUGAACGUGGUAAAUGGUCAAACAUGUUUAUUGAAGCAUAUAAUCUUUAUAGACAAGGUCAUAUUGAACAAGCAUUUAUGAAAUAUUUAUAUUUAUCUGAACUUGGAUAUGAAGUUGCACAAUCUAAUGUUGCAUAUUUACUUGAUCAAAUGCCAAAUCAAUUAAUUAAUAUUUAUCAUAAUAAAGAUGAACAAUAUAGACGAGCAUUAAUUUAUUGGAAUCGUGCAGCAACUCAAGGUUUUCAUACAGCACGAGUUAAAUUAGGAGAUUAUUUUUAUUAUGGUUAUGGUACUGAACAGAAUUAUGAAACAGCAGCAACACAUUAUAAAUAUGCAAGUGAUCAAAGUCAAAAUCCACAAGCAAUGUUUAAUUUAGCUUAUAUGCAUGAAAAAGGCUUAGGAUUAAAAAGAGAUAUACAUUUAGCAAAACGUUUUUAUGAUAUGGCAGCAGAAACAAGUGCUGAUGCUUAUUUACCUGUUAGUAUUGUUCUAUUUAAACUUAAUUUACAAUUAUUUUGGGAAAAAUUAACUUCAAUAUUUUUUUCAUCAUCAUCAACUGAAUCAAUGACAACAUCAAGUACAACAUCAACAUCAACAAUAUCAACAACAACAACAUCAACAACAUCAAAUGUUAAUGAAAAUCAUUCAACAAUAAUUGAUUUUGAUUCAUCAUGGGAUUUAUAUUUAAUGGCAGCAUUACUUGGUCUUAUCGGUGCUUUAUAUACAAUUCGUCGUCAGCGAGCUGCUUUACAACAGCAACAACAACAGCAGCAACCAGUUCAAGCUCCGGUGCAAACUUAUUUAUUUCUUUUUCUAUUAUCAUCUGUUUUAACUUUAAAUAAUUCUUUUUCUAUAAUAUCAUCUAAAAUUACACCUUAUUGUUCAUUUUUUUCUAAUCGAGCACCAAGUCCACAACCAGCAUUAACAAAUUGUACAUGGUUUAAAGAAUAUAGUUGUUGUCAUGAUAAUGAAGUACGACUUAUUUUUUCUCAAGUACGUCCAUUAAUUGGUUCAUCAUCUGAAUGUACACGUUUUAUUAAUGUAUUAAUGUGUUAUGUAUGUUCACCAUUACAAUAUAUUUUUUAUCGUAGUGAACGUUUACAUGUAUGUUUAUCUUAUUGUAAUCGAAUGUAUAAAGCAUGUGCAACAGCAUUAAUGAAAGGUAUACCUGUUGGUAAAAUAUAUGCUAAUGGACAUGAAUUUUGUCUUUCACGACGUUUUGAAAUCAAUGAUAUUUAUAAUUCAUCAUUAUGUUUUUCUGAUGAUGAUUUAAGUAUUCAAGUCAAUAAACAAAAUAAAAUUGGUGAUGUUAAUAUUGGUUCAACAAAUAUUGAACGACCAAGUUUAUUUAAAUUAUUUAUUAUCAUAUGUCUAGCAGCAAUGCUUAGUUUUAUUUUAUGUUAA